AAACAGCAAGUCUUCCAGGUAUACGAGGCAUCGUACGCCCAAAUUUACGGAUGUGUGCCCUCACUGGUUACCGUAGGUUCGCGAGCACCACGGAGUCGUAAACUGCCGUGUUUGUCCUCACCAUCGGAAUCGGAGGAAAAACUUCAACGGUCCAGGGCAACGG